UUAUUGUUUGUAGUUAAAUUGUUUUACCACGAACAUACGUGGGACUGGUUACUAGCUUAUCAUUGGCGACACCGUGUUGACUGAUAAGUACGAAGUUGUAACUAAUCUAGCUAUCGCGAACCAACAUUUUCAUUCACAUUAACGUUAGCUAGCUAAAUUGGCUAGCAAGUCAACUUGUAGCUAGUUCGCUAGCCCACAGCCACACACUAAACGUUUAACGUUAGCUUGCUGCAGGGGAGGGUAGGUCGCUAGAACAACUACCGAAAGUUCGCCUUGUGAAAAUUGUCAUACGUUUCGUAGAGGCCAUCGUGACAUUAAACCUAAACUGAGAACGGUUGGUUAACUAGUUUAGUUAGCAAGUUAUUGUAUGUGUUCGAGACAAGUAGCCCACACACUGCAACCAAUGCCCUUUUAGCUAAUGUUUGGACUGACUUUAGCUGCCUGUUUUCUCCCUCUAUUUAGCUAAACAGAGACCACUCAGUUUAAUAAAAUAAAAACAUUUUAUUGUGCCUGAUACUGUAAAAUUAAGUAAUUUACUUGAUGGCAUAUUUGUUCUGGGGUAUUGUUCUGGGGGAAACACUGGCAAUAUCAAAUGUGUCUAUGAACCCCAGUGGAAUUUCGCUCACCACAAGAAGCUCCAUCAUGGUUUUAUAAAUAACACCCAGCUGGCCAGUCAGCAAGCCUGUCCUGUCCCCGGGGUUUACAUUUGGUAUUUUCCAUUGGAUCUCACUGAAAAUGGAUCUUAGCCUAAUCAGAUGGCUUUGAGUUAUAACUUUGAAGCCACCUCGGAAUGGAUCCAAUUCUUCAAGGAUGCUGGGAUCCCUGCUGGUCUUGCUGUCAACUAUGCCGUGUCUUUUGUGGACAACAGGAUCCAGAAGACCAUGCUGAUGGACCUCAGUAAGGAGAUCAUGAUGGACCUGGGCAUCACUGUCAUCGGUGACAUUAUUGCCAUCCUCAAACACGCCAAACAGGUCUACCGACAGGACAUGUGCAAAAUGGCCACACAGGCCAUAACCUCAGGACAGUCCAGCAUUCAGACCGAACUCAGAAGAACUGCCAACACCCCCGCCACACGUAUGAUUGCCAACGCCUUGAGCCACGACUCACCGCCAACCACACCAGCCCAUCACCCGGACAACCGGGCAAUCUCUGUGACCGUGUCGAACAAACAGGCGAAGAGUGGCAAAGCAGUGCUGAGCCGGCCUGCUGACGAUGGGAACGGUCUGCCGGCGAAGCGUCGCCGCGUGACUGCAGAGAUGGAAGGCAAGUACAUCAUCAACAUGCCCAAAGGCACCACGGCACGCACCGCCCGAAUCCUGGCCCAGCAGGCCAAGAAAGGGAGCAAGCGGAUGUCUGUGUUUGAGCGACUGGGAGCCGAGUCCAAAGCCGAUACCACCACGGGCAGCAGCAAGGCCACGGGUGUGUUCAGUCGUCUGGGCCGAGCAGACGGAGCGGAGGAGGAGCAGGCAACAGCAGGAAGGGUUGAUGUAGACGGAGCAGAGGAGGAGGAGGAGGAGGAUGAUAAUAGUGAUGGAGAGGGUUCGGUCCUACAGUACGCUGGCGUCCUAAAGCGACUACCUCCCUCCCAGAAGAAAGAGCCUGUGGCCCCCAAGCGGGCCCCCACCACCCUCCGCCGCCUAGGAGUGAAGAUCAAACUCCCCCCUACUGACUCUCCCUCCUCCUCCUCUUCCUCCCCCAAUGGCCUCCCCCCUGCCAAGCGCAGCGUGCUUCAGAGACUGGGUAAACCAAAUGCCUCCCCACCGCCUGCCGACACCCAGGACAGCCGUGUGACCAGCACCAGAAAUAAGGCCCGGCCAGGCCUGGCCCUGGCUAGCCCCAAGGUCAGCAGCAGCACCAGGGCUGGAGGAGGGGAGAGUUUUGGGGCACAGAUGGACGUAGGGUCAGUCAAUGUCUUUAAGAGACUGGGCAGCAAGAGGACCUAACGUAUAUCAGGCCACGAUUAGACCUAUACCGUUUCAUUAUCUUUAUAUUAUUUGCAUCCAUCCGGAAGGCUAGUUAUUGUGACAUGUUGGUAACAUCACAUAGACAGCUAGCCUGGAUACCAGUCUGUUUGUGCUAACAUUCCCCUCCCUGUCAUGCUAUGUUUAUUAUAUGACACGGAGUACAAGAGGUGGAAUGUUAGCACAAAACAGGUCUGUAUUUUAGGCUUAUUCUAGGAGUUGGCUCAGUGAUGAAAAGGGAUUGUGGGAAUGCAGGAUGUAAUGUUCACCGUAUCACCUCAGCACUCACCUCCACCGGGCUGUGACUACCGGGUACAGUCCACUUAAGACGUUCAUGCUGUAACACUAGUCCUAGAAUGGACAACGGCAACAGGCAAACAACACAUAAAGCAACCUCUUAACCCACAAGCAAGAGCAUCUCAUCAGCCUCAUUUUUAUAUGAACUGCAUUUGUAGAAAAUUGUAGACUCAUAUUGCUGUGAAGGCUCCACCACCACAUUGAACCUCUGGUUGUGUACAACGAUCUGCUUGAAAGCCAAGAUAUUCAGAGUUGUCUGUUCACAGAAUAGGAAGUCACCCACCAUUGACCUGUAUGUAGAUGUUAUUGUGAGUUUUUUUUCCCAGGGCUUAUUCAGUACAUUGCAGAUAGAAGUGUAACGUAUAGAGUUUUAUUGACUAACAAAGAAUCAUGUUAGUUCUGCACCAUUUCUAUCUAUACUGAACACAAAUAUAUACGCAACAUGCAACAAUUUCAAUGAUUUUACUGAGUUAUAGUUCAUAUAAGGGAAUUAGUCAAUUUAUAUAAAUUCAUUAGUCCCUAAUCAAUGGAUUUCACAUGACUGGGAAGGGGCGCAGCCAUGGGUGUGCCUGGGAGGGCAUAGGCCGACCCACUGGGGUGCCAGGCAUAGCCAAUCAGAAUUCGUUUUUCACCACAAAAGGGUUUUAUUACAGACAGAAAUUCUCCUCAGUUUCAUCAGUUGUCCGGGUGGCUGGUCUCAGACGAUCCAGCAGGUGAAAAUGCCAGAUGUAGAGGUCCUGGGCUGGCAUGAUUACACGCGGUUUGUAAGGCCGCGUGGACGUACUGCCAAAUUCUCUAAAACGGCGGAGAUUAUGGUAGAUUAUCUGGCAACAGCUCUGGUGGACAUUCCUACAGUCAGCGUGCCAAUCGCACUCUCUCUAAAAACUUGAGACAUUUGUGGCAUUGGGUUGUGUGACAAAGCUGCACAUUUUAGUGGCCUUUUAUUGUCCCCCAGCACAAGGUGCACCUAUGUAAUGAUCAUGCUGUUUAAUCAGCUUCUUGAUAUGCCACACCUGUCAGGUGGAUGGAUGAUCUUGGCAAAGGAUAAAUGUUCACUGACAGGGAUGGAAACACAUUUGUGCACAACAUUUGAGAGAAAUAAUAUGUUUGUGAGUAUGCAACAUUUCUGAAACAUGGAACCAACACAAGUUGUGUUUAUAUUUUUGCUCAGUAUACAUGUUGUGCUUUCCUGAAUAACACCCUGGUUUGCCAUUAUUCCGCAUGGUACAGGAACUGAUAUGUAAAUGUCCCCUUGAUAUUGAUACAAUACUUAAGAGGUGUUCACCCAACUUUCUAUCUUUAAAAAAAUGUUUUUAUUGAACUUCACCAGAACUUUGCUACACUGUAUAUACACUGCUCAAAAAAUAAAGGGAACACUUAAACAACACAA